AGAGAGACCUCCACUAAAUGGCUUAAGCCAUUUGAUACUGAGUGGACCUGGAGAGCCAUUAAGGAUGCCCAGUCAGAAGAAGAAGCCAAAAUAGUACUCAAAAAUUGGAUACAUAAGAUACAAGCUAAAGAAGUAGUAGACAAAAUGAUUGAAGGCAUGAGGAAGCAUGAUUGUACAAAUAUGAUACAGCACUUAUUUAUCACAUGUUAUCAAUCACCUACAUCUGAAAGAGAUUUAACAACAAAGGUCCAAAUUGAAACUCUCACUACUUGGACCACGUAUUUGGCAACUGCCCUAAUAGACAGUGGGUGCACUGGGAGUUCAAUAAACCAUGCCUUCAUC